AAACCGGUCAAGAGCCGGGCGGCCCUUUCCCUCCCCCUGCACUGCCGAGCCGAACUGGUGGACUUUCCUCCCCGCAGCGGCACAGCCAUGAGCACCCGGGCAGCAGCGGGGCCGAUCUUCGCGGAGGGCGAGGAUUGCCGGGCGGCCUGGCGGGAGGCGACGGCCGGCUACGAUGCGCCAGACGCCCACUUGGAGAUCCUGGGGAAGCCGGUGAUGGAGCGCUGGGAGACCCCCUACAUGCACUCACUGGCGGCCGUGGCCGCGUCGAGGGGCGGCCGUGUGCUGGAGGUGGGCUUCGGCAUGGCCAUCGCCGCCACCAAGGUGGAAGAGUUCGACAUUGAGGAGCACUGGAUCGUCGAGUGCAACGAGGGGGUUUUCCAGCGGCUGGAGGAGUGGGCCAGGACGCAGCCACACAAGGUCGUGCCCCUGAAGGGGCUGUGGGAGGAGGUGGUGCCGACGCUGCCGGAUGGGCACUUCAGCGGGAUCCUGUACGACACCUACCCGCUGUCAGAGGAGACCUGGCACACGCAUCAGUUCACGUUCAUCAAGGACCAUGCCUUCCGCUUGCUGCAGCCUGGUGGGGUCCUCACCUACUGCAACCUCACCUCCUGGGGGGAGCUGCUGAAGACCAAGUACACCGACAUUGAGAAGAUGUUUGAGGAGACCCAGGUCGGGCACCUGGUGGAAGCCGGGUUCAAGAAGGAGAACAUCAGCACAACAGUGAUGGACCUGGUCCCCCCCCAGGACUGCAGGUACUACUCCUUCCACAAGAUGAUCACACCCACCAUCCUUAAGCACUGAGGGUGCCAGCGGCUUGGCACUGUCCCGGGGCUGCAGAAAGCAAACGCUAACGAGGAGAGGCCGAUUAUGUGCUCUGCAAGGAGGACAAAAAGCUCUUAUCUCCUUUGAUGCUGAUGAGAGAAGAUUGAAGCUGAUUUAUCUGGAGGCAGGAGAUGGCUGGAGGCUUGGGACGGAAGUCCUGGACUCAGGACUCCCUGCCCCACCGCAGCCCCUGCCCUGGAGGGGGCUUCUGGGCUCUGCAGGUUCCCACUCAAGGCUCGUCCUGUGUCCAAAUAACUCAAGCUGCAAUUCCAGAAUGUAGCUCAGAGCCUUUGGCCAAAGGGGUUCAAGGACGAGACAUUUCCUCUAAAAUCUCGCUCAUUUUUAGAAAUCACGGGGUGACUUUCCCCCCAUGACAAGCCAAAUAAUCUAAACCGGGGGGAGAAUCGGGGCAGUUGGAAGCAUUUUGUUAGAACCGGAUUUCGGCUGCUGCGGGAGUGACUCCCCAGUGAAGUUUCCCAGUACCUUUGGCUAAAGCCCACCGAGGGAAGUUAAUCCUGACCAACUCCUUGCAGUUCAAUAGCGCAUAAAUAACGUUUCUUCUCUCUGCCCAGAAGGGAUAAAAAUCCAUUAAAAAGGAAUGAAAUACACAA